CGCAGGCGGCGGCAUGUACGAGACCGGCGCGGGCGGCUCGGCGCCGAAGCACGUGCAGCAGUUUGUCGAGGAGAACCACUUGCGCUGGGACUCUCUGGGUGAGUACCUUGCCCUGGCGGUGUCGCUGGAGGACCUCGCCGCCAAGACGAAAAACCCGAAGGCGAAGGUGCUGGCUGAGUGUCUGGACAAGGCCAACGAGAAGUUCCUCGAUGCCAACAAGAAUCCUGGCCGCAAGUGCGGCCAGCCCGACAACCGGGCGAGCCACUUCUACCUGGCGAUGUACUGGGCGCAGGCCCUGGCCGAGCAGAGCGCGGACGAGGCCAUCUCGAAGCAGUUCACGCGGAUCAAAGCUGAGCUGGAGGCGAACGAGAGCGUCAUCAUCGACGAGAUGAUCGCUUGCCAGGGAAGGCCCGUCGACAUUGGCGGCUAUUACCCGCCAGACCCCGAGAAGGUGCGGAGGGCAAUGUGCCCGAGUGCGAUCUUCAACGCCAUCCUGACCCUGGGUGCCAAUUGGUGAGCGGCGAGGCCAAGUGAGGCGCGUGUAGCUCCCUGAGCCCACGUCUUUUUGUGAAUCUCUGGUUUAUUUUCAAGGGAGGAGGCGGGAGGCGGAGGCGGAGGCGGAGAAGGUAUGGUGGUGGUGGUGGUGAGGGUGGUGGACGCUUAUAGCGAUCUUUGCCGCAUGGGACCUGCACUCGCUUAGAGAAUGCCAGCGGCUUUGAUCACGCUCUGUUCGCCAUCUCACGCCGCUUCCUUCUCCUCUUCCGUUCUCGGAUAUGCCCGCAUUCUGCUUCCUCGACUUCCUCCAGUUCUGCGUCCAAUGUGCCAGACUUUUUAAGUGGCUGACCCCGUGUCGCUUUGAGAGAGAGCAUCUGGCUCGUUGUCGCACGGUCUUCCAGAGUUGUUGAACUCUCUCAGCGUGUUUCAAGGCCCGCGCGAUGUCUCGUAUGACUUGUGUGCGCUGGCGGCCAGACGGUUAGUCGGCAAGGCCCCCUCAUCGAAUGCGCUUUUGUAGAUUACGAAGGCACUCGCACAGGAGUUCGGGUUGUGUGGGCCGGCCAGCUCGCUUUUUAAAUAAUGUGCCGGGAGCCCUGUCUUGGAGAGACCCGAGCUGCAUGCCGCCAGUCGUGGGAAAGCUCGAAGGAGGUGUACCCCCACUCUCGCUCUUGCUCUCUUUCUCUCUUCCUGUCCUCCUCCUGCUCCUCCUUUCCCUCCUGAUGAUCACAGCAGUCACCCCUCCCUGGGCACGCCCCACAUCCUCGCCCUCCGCGGGAGGCGAAGAGGGCGGGCGGCCGGUAGCUGGUGCGCGUGACGCCCGGUUUUUGACGCCUGGUGGUCCGGGCCUUCCACGUGCGCGACGCGCUGCCCGGUUCGCCUUCGGCCGAGGAGGGGGAA